AUGAGACCAAGGACGCUCGUCCUCCUCGUUGCGGCCGCCGCGCGAGCCUGGGACUUCCCCUGGUCGUCCACGGACGAGGGCUGGACGCCGGCCGAGGACGCGCCGCGGCCGGAGUCGGACCCGUUUUGGGUCGACCGCGAACCUUGCGAGGCGGACACGCGGCUGCCGCGGUCUGGAAAAAGGGGACGGGCGUUGACGGGCAACCUACUGCGCAAUGGAGACGCCCGCGAGAGGACGAUGGACGGCUGGUCGGUGGUGAACGGCGGCGACGGCUGGUCCGCCAAGGACGGCGUCUUCAAGACCUCCUUCGAGCCCAAUACCAGGCGCCAGGUCGUGGAUUUGGUGAAUUGGGUGGAGGCCUCGGUGUUGGAUUCGGGCAAGGUCGAGAUUGUGCUGGGAGAGCAGAUCACGGAGACGGGCUCGCGCGACAAAUACUUCAUCCGCGCGGCGCUCUGCCGAGAUCCGGCCUGCAAGAGCAAGAUCGCGCGCUGGGCGCCGUGCCGCUGCUCGCAGGAGGAACUCCAGUCGUCCUGCGCCUUGACCGAGGCCUACUGCGUCACGCGGGGAUCGGGCAAGACCAAGAACGACCUCGGUCACGACAAAGCGGGCCAGCUAGGGGACGACCGCACGCGCGACGACGCGUGGCGCGACUUGAGUUACACGUUCUCGGCGACCGACGUCGUCGGCGCGCGCUAUCUGCUCUUCGAGGAUGGGGGCUGUUCCGGCGAGUUCUGGAAGGGCCUCUGGGGCCCCUGGUUCCGGCGCGCUUUUGUCAAGGUCCACGCCGUCGCCGCGGAAAGCGCGCCGUCGGGUGGAAGGCUCAUGCGGGACCUAUUGUUCGGCUUCUCGCUGAUCGCCGUCCUCGCGGCCUACGCCUGGCUCUACACGAAGAACCGCUCCAAGAUCGCGAGAGUCGACGAGGAGACGUCGCUCCUCUCCACCAGCGACGAGAACCCCUUCGACCCGCACAGCGGCCUAGAGAUAACAAAGUUCUAG